AAAACGUGCGUUUUUGUGCUUGUCGCGUCGUCUAGCGGACAGUUGCUAGACAUGUACUUCCCAAGGUUGGGUAACAUCGCGCGGGAAGCUUUUACACAGUUCAACAAGCUACCAACAGCCCAACGCACCACCAAGAUCACAGGUGACAUCAUAUCAGACUCCCUAGAAGCACUUACCAGUCUCCCGCUAGCUGUAGCACGCGCGCUCGGCAGUGGCCAAGACCUUCCUCAGCCAAUAAUCUCCAACAAAAACAACCUCGACUUAGCCUCCGUAGCUGCUGAUUUCAGAGCAGGAAGCGGCAACGAAGAUGCUGUUCUGACUAUCGAAGAACUCAUACAGAAAUACGGAUAUAAGUUUCAAAGACACCAAGUCGUCACUGAAGAUGGUUAUGUCUUGACGCUAUUCAGGAUACCUAGCAACGGGUCUGUUGUCUUCCUCAUGCAUGGUCUAAUAGCCAGUUCUGAUGACUUCGUGACGGCUGGGCCGGAAUCCGGGCUGGCAUAUCUUCUAGCCAAGGAAGGGUUCGACGUGUGGAUGGGCAACGCGCGCGGCAACAAACAUUCCCGUCAUCACAUCGAUUUAGUUCCUUCACAAGCACAAUUUUGGAAGUUCUCUUGGCAUGAAAUUGGUUAUUACGAUCUCCCGGCUAUGAUAGACUAUAUCCUCAACGUGACUGGUAAGACGACUUUGAAAUACGUCGGCCAUUCGCAAGGAACCACGAUAUUCUUCGUGAUGGCAUCGGAGAAGCCGGAGUAUAAUGCGAAGGUUGAUAUUAUGGUGGCGCUGUCUCCUGUUGCUUUCAUGUCGCAUACAAAGUCGCCAGUGGUUCGUCUCUUGGCAGUAGGCACGGGCCCCUUACAUGCAAUUGCAAAAACGGUUGGGAUCUACGAAGUCUUCGCGGAUACGCAAUUCUCCAGGAGUUUGAAAAGACUGAUGUGCGGUUACGGGCCUGUAUCGGAACUUUUGUGCACGAACCCUAUUCUUUUGGUGGUAGGUUUUAGCUUUGUGCACCUCAAUACGACCAAUCUGCCUGUUGUGUACGGCCACACUCCUUGUGGAUCGUCUGUGAAGCAGUUCGCUCAUUUCGGUCAAGGAGUCCUUUCUGGGGAGUUCAGGCAAUACGAUUAUGGAGCUGUUGAGAAUCUGAAAAUGUAUGGUUCUAAAACACCUCCUGAGUAUAAACUUGAGAAUAUUAAUACCCCAGUGGCGUUGUUCUAUAGUGAUGCGGAUUGGUUGGCUCAGCCUGCUGACGUAGCAAAACUAUACGCCGAGUUAGGUAACGUGAUAGACACGUACCAAGUACCUUAUGACAUGUUUAAUCACAUGGAUUUUCUACUAGCAACAGAUUUCAAGAAAAUAAUUUAUAAUAGACUAAGACAAUUGUUGAAUGAAACAUAG